CCUUUUAUUUUCGGCAGUGCCUCUCGGAAGGGGGAAGGGAGAGCUGGGAUGAGUGCAGCUUGACGCACAGGCGAGGAGAGGGGGGGCACCGCCGGCAGCUGCAGCGGUUCGUGGCCGCAGGGUGCGGGUGAGGAACGGAGCGAGCGAGGGGCUCCCUCGGUGCCUCCCCCUUUCUUCGCCCCUGCCCUUCCUCCCCUCCUCCCUCUCUCCCUCCCCCAUCCGUCUCCUGCCGGGUCCGGCUGGGAGCGUGUGUGCAAUAUCUUACGUUGCCAGGUGUGUGUGUGUGUGUGCGCGGAGCAGAGGGAGGGAAGGACUCGCGAGGGAGCCGGGGCUGCCCCGGCCCCCCUAUGUGAGCCUCCCAGGGCGGCUGCAUGGCGAUAGACCGGCGCCGUGAGGCGGGCGGCGGGGGCCGGCCGCUGCCGGAGGAGAACGGCUCCGUGCCGGGGGCCGUGGGGGGGGGCGCCGCCGCCCCCCCGGGGCCGCCCCCCGCCAACGCCGCCGGGGCCGAGAUCCAGGCGGUGCCGGUGCCGCCGCCCGCCGCCGCCUGCAGCCCGCUGCUCCUCGACUACGACGGCUCGGUGCUACCCUUCCUGGGGGGGCUGGGCGGCCGCUACCAGCGGACCCUGGUGCUGCUCACCUGGGUCCCGGCGCUCGUCAUCGGCUUCAGCAAGUUCUCGGACUCCUUCCUCCUGGACCAGCCCGACUUCUGGUGCCGGGAGGCGGACGGGCAGGGCAACUGGAGCGGGACCCUGGCGCCCAUCCACGCCAACCACAGCGGCAACGGGAGCAUCUUCCUCCCGCCCGGGCUGCCCACCCCCGCGGGGGGCAACGCCAGCGAGUGCGGCUGCCGCGAGUGGCACUACCGCAUCAGAGCCGGCCUCGUCCAAAACGUCGUGAGCAAGUGGGAUCUUGUUUGUGAUUCUGCCUGGAAAGUCCACAUUGCUAAGUUCUCCCUGCUUGUAGGAUUAAUCUUUGGCCACUUGAUCACAGGAUGUAUAGCCGACUGGGUUGGUCGACGGCCUGUACUGCUCUUCUCUGUCAUAUUCAUUUUGGUAUUUGGACUGACUGUGGCACUCUCAGUGAAUGUGACCAUGUUCAGCACACUCAGGUUUUUCGAGGGAUUUUGCCUGGCUGGAAUAGUCCUCUCCCUGUAUGCGCUGCGGAUAGAGCUCUGUCCUCCCGGGCACCGGUUCAUGAUCACCAUGGUGGCGAGCUUCAUCGAGAUGGCGGGGCAGUUCCUCAUGCCAGGGCUGGCUGCCCUCUGCAGGGACUGGCAGGUCCUCCAGGCAGUCAUCAUCUGUCCCUUCCUGCUGAUGCUGUUUUACUGGGUUAUUUUCCCAGAGUCUCUUCGGUGGUUGAUGGCUACACAACAGUUUGAGGCAUCCAAGGAAUUGAUCCUUCAGUUCACACACAAGAACAGGAUGAACACAGAAAGCGACAUCAAAGGCGUGGUGCCCGUGCCGUGUGUCUUUAGAGACAUCUCUUGAAGAAUUUUACCACGGCUACAAGAGUGCGUCUUCAGCUCUGUGUGCCUCUGGAAACUGUGUUUUGAGGAAGCUGCUUGCUGGGAUCCUGCCCAUCACCCAACACUUACUCUGUUGGUUUGGAGAAGCAGCAGCACUCAAAUCCCUAUUCUAAAGUGCCAGCCCCAUGGGAAACUUACACCAUAUUAGAGUUUCUCUUUAAAGCUUUGCUCCAAGAGCUGUUUUGCUUUCCUCUCCUGCAUCAUCUGAAUGAUGCUGCCUUAGGGAUGGGGGGUUGCUGCAAGUGACAGUGGUAGGGUGCAGUUUUUGCUUGAGAGUCUAAAGUAUCAAUUUCUUGGUUUAGUGAUGCUUUUAGAAAAAGUUGGCUCCCCUCACCACCAGAAUUGUCACUGAAAUAGCCAAGAUCCUCUCUUGCAGGGUGCUGUGCAGAAGAGACUCUGAGCAUGUGUGUAUGUGUGUUGGUCUAUUACAACAAAGGCAAAGAGCUUCUGGAUCUUUAUCUCACCGGUGCACCUGUCAGAUUUGGUUCAGGCUCCCCUUCUCCUUCUCACAGGCUUGAUUCUGCCCAUAAACACCCAUUUUGCACUGUCAUUUACAAUCUGUAUCAGAAUACCCACUCAUCAGUGGAAACAUUUCCCCACUUUUCCAGCACUACCUGCUCUAAACCCAGGGGCUGCAGGGGAGCCUCAGCCAGUAGCUCUGCCAGUGGGUAGAAGUGAUGCUUCUCUCCUGUCUGAUCCUUGCCAAAGGUCUCUGGCGUGACUGUAGUUUUCAUCAGUCACUGUUAAAGGUGUCAGUCAGCACUGGAACAAGCUUAAUCCAGGAUAGAAAACUGUCACCAUUAACAUCAGUGCCUAAUGAAUAAAGCAGUCUCCACCAGUGAGGAGUGAAAGGCCCAGUUCAGGAUCUCUGGUAUACAUACCCAGGCCAUUGGUGUGAUUUUGGGUGCACUGGUGUUAAUUAGCUGGCUUGCAUGUAAUUGUGUGUCUGGGGUUACAGUUCCUGGAUCUGCAUCACACCACACAGCUUUGCAUUUCUCUGGUAAAGUUCUCAAAAGCAUUAGGGGUGUGUGAGCUGUCAUUAACCUGUUGAUCUGCAUCCCACCCCCACCCCCCAGCUCAUUUUUGCAGGUCUUCCCCAGAAUAAAUAAUGGAUCUUAAGAAAUGAUGGGUCCCUGAGCCAACAACUGGCCUUGGAAUUUCCCAACCAAUUCAUAAAUUUGACUUUUGUCAGUCAAUUUCUUGAAUAUGCAGAAAUUCAAUGAAAUCAAAUGUAUUUUAGGGGAAAGAUAAAACAGAUUACCUGAGUUUCCUUUAAGGAAAAUAAUAAAGACACAACUGUGCAUUGGAGGGAUUUAUUUAAGCCAUGUAUAAUGAUAUUGCCCAUGGAGGAAUGCUAAAUGUCAGAAUGGCUUUUAUGACUAUUAUUCGUGACUGAUUACUUUUCUCAGCAGUUUCGUGGUAGGAGUACACUCCUGUUUAAGGAGGGUGAAAAAACAGAGCAUUAUUUCAUGUCUUGAUACUAUGUAUCCUCCUACUGCAAAUACAUUUAGACAUAGCUGUUGUCAGUACAACACCAUUUGCAGUUUACAAAUUAUUCAGAACAUGGUCAUUUCUGCCUCCUGGUUGAUGAUGAGGUUGUUGGGAAUUUUGUUAUUUCUUCCCUCACUUUUUCUUUUUAAACUCUUUCUGCAGCCCCACACUUAAAGGCUUUUCUGAUGCAGCCCUGGAGGGAAGCUGCAUUUCUGUAGGAAGAGUGAGAGAGGAGCAGUAUUAAAAGAAUGAAAUAAGAUGAACUACAAACUACUGAAGGAAGGACCACCUCUCUCAUUCUGGGUUCAUGGGGAUGUUGAUGGUCUGAGUGAGGACAGGCAAACAGGAGGAUUAUUGAAUUAAGAAUGCGACCAAGCUGCAGGCCUUGUAUCUUGCAGUGGGUCAGGAAGGAGGAGGAACCCUUGCUCUGCUCUUGUGCAGAUAAUAUAUAAUAGACAAUAACAUGCCCAUAGUUGCUCUAGCAUGGAAUGGGUAAAAAACUGAUGCUUGUCUGGGAGAAAGGAUGCCAUUGAGCCUGGUGCAGAUAUCCCUUGUUUCCCCUUGAUUCCAUUGUUGAGCUUUCCUAUCUGUGUGGAGGGAUUUUUGUUUGUGAUUUGUUUUAUUCUUUGUUUUCCAUCUGAAAGAGCUGGAAACUGUUCUGCUCUAGUUAGGGGCCAUUGUGUUGCUGUUUGUUAUUCCUCGCUGCAUUGUUGUAACAGCCUCCUGUGACUGAAUUACUCCCAAUGCAUUUAAAUGAUAAACUGCUCACUUGCAGUCCCUUCCAGCUGAAAAUCCCACUGUAACUUUACUCAUACAUACCAGGCAAAUUAGUGUAUCCAAUAUAACCAAUCAUUACAGGAAUUUCAUAUAUAUCUAUUUUGGCACUUGAUAUGAGUUUCAUGGCAAAAAGAAGCAGUAUUCAAGACAGCAAAGUGUUUCUGGGAUGCAAAAAAAUUUAAUUUUUAAUUGCUCUCCAAGCAAUGAGCAGGCUGAUCUUCCUUUCUGAAGAAUCACACCCUUUCCACUGCCUGCUGAGAGCUUUUGCUCAUCCAUUUGGCUACACUGCCUGUAGUGGAGAGUGCCACUGUCUGUAGGGCCUCUUUGCUCCAUGGGGAGGUCACCCAUGGUGGGGGUGGUGCUAGGGAGCAAAAUUUAUCUGUUUUUGAUAGUCUUUGUGUUGGAGUGGUUGCCAGUGUUCUCCUGGGAGAUGUCUCUAAAGACAACAACAAGAAGUCCAGACAGUGAUGCAGAUGAAAGGUGCAGCAGCUGCUGUAACAACCCAUGCCAGUAGAAAAGGAGGAUGGCAGCUGAUGGGCAAUGCCCAGCCAGCAGGAUGGAGUGGGAGUGUCUUUAAGUGGGAAACAAAGUGGAACAAGGGAUGCUGGUAGGAGUCUAGAGUGUUGUAAAUUACAUUGCCCUUAUCUUCAGUAGCCUGUCCCAGGGCUGAUGUUGGUUUCAUAAAGGAACCUUUCUCCUCAGCAGCUUUAAGUGGCUUUAUUUUAAGUGCUUGGUGUACCUUGUGAUUUUGGGCAGGAAUAAUUUGCCUUUAUAAUGAGAUUUUUGGGUUUAUGUCAUUGCAUUUUCUUCUUAAGUGCUUAAGAACCAUAGGUGAAUUAGACCUGGUUAAAUUACCCCUAGUAUGUUUUGACUCAAAAUUUCACCAUUUGCCUUCAAACUUUACCCUCUUUUAGAAAUAAAAGUUUAAAUCUCUUUUUGCAUCAAGGAAAUUAUUUUUAUUCAACUGUGUAUUGAAAUGUCAUUUUUAAAAUAGGCUUGCUGAAUUUUGUUGACAAAUGUUGCAAAACAUUACCCAAAAAAGUCAGCCUCAAUCAUGAGCAAGUGUUUGAAAACAUUUUGAUAAUAUUAAUUUAGUACAGAUUUUUCACUACCAGUUUCUCCAGAAACUUCACCAUCUCUUCCUUGAUCCCCUGUAGAACAAGAACCAAACAUAUUUCAGUGCAGCUGCAGGACAGUCAUUUUGACCUUAGUGUCAUAAGUGUUAAGGAAGUAAGAAGAUCUUUUAACAAACAGGAGGAAAGAAUGUUAAGGGGAAUUGGAAAUCCUAAAGCACCAAUCAUCCUUACACCUUUUGAAAGUGCAUUACACUUUAGGUGGCUUUCAUUACUUUUAGAGAAUGCAUUCUUUUUCUUCGUGUGGGGUUGAAGGGUCUGUUUGUUGCCUGCUGCAAGCUGACCUUGGCUGCACCAGCACCCAGCCCUGCCGUGUUUGGGUGUCCCAGGAAAUGCUCCACUUGGAAAUGCUCCACUUGAGACACUGCUGUAUCAGCAACUAUCCAAGCAUCACACGUGAUGCAUCCAUGGAAACCCACCCCUGUGCAGUGCUCUUUGGCUUCCCCUGUGUGGGGGAACAUUUCAGGUGUUCCUUAACGUGAAAAUAACUGCUUGGCCAGGCUGAAAAACAAAACUCCCUUUUUGCUCAUCUCUGGAUGGAAACACAAACCAGUGGUGCUCCUGUGGGCAAAGAGGUUAUAGCUGUUCCUUCCCAAAAAUCUCUUCUAAGCUUAGAGAAAUAAUAUGGAUGUAAUCACACAAGGUGGACAGCAAGGGUGACGCACCCAAAUAGUGGCCAAUGUUCAGCAUGCAGGGCACAACAUGGAGAAGAUGAAGGGGUACAGUGGUGAUAAGUGUGUGGAUGUGUGUGGAUUGCAGUUAGGAAAGCUGUGGUUUUCAGGGAGCUGGCCUCUGAAGAAAAAAAAUCAUUAUCUUUCACUUUCCUUGCUGCUGAACAACAUGCUGCCAUUACUUUUCUUUAAACAUAAGCUAUUUUACUGUUUUGUUUUGCUAUUUAUAUUUUUUUCCGAAGCAUGAGGCUUGAAUCUACAUGAUUAUAUGCAUUUCCUUUUCCACUGGGUAAAUAGCAGAGGGAAUGGUGAAAAUGCCUUGUGUCUGAAAGUCAGUCUCUUUCCCUAUCAAGCUUUACUCAUAACCUUAGACCAUCACACCUAUCACUACACUACUGGUUUGAAACUUGUGAUAGAUGAAGAGUGUAUUAGCUGGAGAAGAAAAGCAAGUUUCCUGGCUCCAUAAUACAGAUGAUUCCAUGUGUUAGAGAACUACAAACCUGCCAAAUGUCCUCCUUUGCCAGAUCCAAGUUCUUGGGUGUUAAAUGGUACUAAACUCAGAUGUUCCAUGCAGCUCACUGAGGAUGGUCAGGUGAAUGUGGGAAAUGUAGUUAAAAUAGUUUAAGGUGCUGCUUGAAGGCUGUGUAUCAGCCACAGAGAUUCCUAUCUUAAUUUUUUUUAAAAAAAAUACCCAGCCAGUGAUUUCUGUUGUCCUCUUGUAUGUUAAAUCAGUUCCAGGAGGGUCUGGAUUCCUCCUGCUGGGCUCCUGUUGUCCUACAGCAGGAAUUGGCAGAGUUUGUACAACUCUUUCAGGAUGUGCUGUACAUGAUAGUGAUUAACAAGAGUAAAACUGGUCAGUUAGGUCCUCUUCUCCUGGCUGGGUCUACAGUAAUAGAAGAGGAGAGCCCAUGCAUUCCCUGACUGUAUCCUUAGCAAAGCCAGUGAUAUCUGACAGUAUCAGGUUUUGGAGGGAUCAGGAGGAAAAGGGUGCACUCUACUGAGAAUGUGCCUUUUGAUGCCACUGGGAAAAACCAAAAAUGCUAGAAAAUUUAAAGGGGAAAAAAAAAUAAAGGAAAGGGAGCUGUGAGCCCCUAUUUCUGUCUGAAUGACUCUCUCAGUAGUUGAGUCCUCGGCAGACUCUACCUGGCUGCACUCCAGCUUGUUGAUUUGUGCCCGCUGGCACACUGGCUCUUUGUGCAUAGUGCUACCUCUCCUCCCAGAGGAGCCAGCUUUACAGGGCAGGAGCCAUGUGCAGAGGGCUGGCAGCAAGCCCUGGUGCUGCCAGCAUUUCCCCAGCCCACGGGCACCAGAGGAGAGAGAGGACUGGUGAGUCCAGAUGUGGAUGUGAAGAGUAGGAGAUGAAACCGCCAGAACCAAGUGGAAGUGGAGAUCAGUAAGAGGGGAACAGUGGCCAGAGAAAAGAGUAAAUAAGAGACUUUAAAAAGUUGUGAGAGCAAAGAAUAAAGAUAGUUGAAGGGGACUUAGAGAGGCAAGGGCAACAAGGGGCUGGGGGGAAGUAAUGGAGGAAGAACAGAGGAGAGCUAGAGCAUAUGGAGACCAAAGGGGCUGCAAUAAUUUGCUCCCCCCUCCUUCCACAGCAAGCUGUCAAGCCCCAGGAUUCAGUCUCAGAACUCGUCUUUUGCAAAAUCCACUCCUGAAAUGUUUGCUUCACCUCUCCCUGCUGCCCAACUUGCUUGCUCAGCUUGCUGAGGUUCCCUCCAUAGCUCCCACAACAGAGAGCAGCAGUGCAUGAGUGGGUACCUGCAACCUCCUGAUGGCCACAGCUCCACACAAGGACAUUCGAAGUGCUCUUUGUGUUGUUGAGGGGUCUUUUAACACUGCUGAUUUUAGAAGAAUGUAAGCAUUGACAAGUCCUGCUCUGGGAAAUACAAGAAGUCAGGUUGCCUGGGCAACCCCAGCUUGGCCUCCUGGCAUGAAGGCAUGAUGAUGCAGCCUUUAAUAACGUGAUUACAACCUAUUUUU